CACGUGACACCGGGGGCGCACGUGACACCGGGCGGGAGGCCGCGCUUUACGGCGCCGCGCGACAGUUCCCGGUGCCGUCCCCCCUCAGGCCGCCAUGGCGUCGGGCAGCGGGACCAAGAACCUGGACUUCCGCAGGAAGUGGGACAAGGAUGAAUAUGAGAAGCUGGCGGAGAAGCGGCUCACGGAGGAGAGAGAAAAGAAAGAUGGCAAACCAGCUCAGCCCGUCAAAAGGGAACUUCUGCGGCACCGAGACUACAAAGUGGACCUGGAAUCCAAGCUGGGGAAAACCAUCGUCAUCACCAAAACUACCCCUCAGUCAGAGAUGGGGGGGUACUACUGUAAUGUGUGUGACUGUGUGGUGAAAGAUUCCAUUAACUUCUUGGAUCACAUCAAUGGCAAAAAACACCAGAGAAAUCUGGGCAUGUCCAUGCGGGUGGAGCGUUCCACGCUGGACCAGGUGAAGAAACGCUUUGAGGUGAACAAGAAGAAGAUGGAGGAGAAGCAGAAGGACUAUGACUUCGAGGAGAGGAUGAAGGAACUCCGUGAGGAGGAGGAGAAGGCCAAAGCCUACAAGAAGGAGAAGCAGAGAGAGAAGAAGAGGCGGGCGGAGGAAGAUUUGACCUUUGAGGAGGAUGAUGAAAUGGCAGCUGUGAUGGGCUUCUCUGGUUUUGGCUCAACCAAAAAGAAUCACUGAGCAGCUCCGGACUCUCCUCUUUCUCUAAACAGUUUGUUUUUACCCAGGGAACUCUGGAUAACUCUUCAAAGACUUGAUGGAGGACUUGUAUGUAAAUCUCUCAGUAGAAGUUGGCUGGAGGAGUCGAAAAGUGAUUCCAUGCUCUACCUGUGCUGCAGAACAAGCUCCGCCUCUCAUUAGCUUCCCAUCUCCUUCUGUGUCCUAGAUCUGGCUGCUCAGCUGCUCUGUGGCCGUGUGCGUGCCGGGAACUGCUCUGCUGGGUACAUUUUUGUGUCAAUAAAGUGCAGCCAUUCUGCACAGGUGGCCUGGUUCAGGAUUAAUCUAGUUGUCAACCAGGCCCUAGUUGUCACCCAGGCUGUGUUUGAGGCACAGGGAGGGAUCCAGGUUUUUUUGGGAUCGUAAUGGAAGGAAAUGUGCCACAGCAAGCGGUGUGAGCGGUACAACCUGCAUCUUCAUGGCUUGUGCUGAGCAGGGCUGGUGUCUGCAUGGAGUCUGGGUUGCCAAAACUUUCCUGUGUGUUUUACCUGCAAGGGAGACUUCCCUGCUUUUUCUUUGUGUUUUAUCCCAUAAUUAUCCCUCUUUAAGGCAGGGGAGAAAUUCCUCCCCACGACUGGUCUAGGAUAGAGCCAAUGAAAGAAAGGUGUGUUCGAUUUGCCAGAAAUAAAUUGACUCUUUUAAUGGGUCCUUUGGUGGGAGUUUGAUGCCUUAUUUAUUUUGAGAGCUUCUGCUGCCCACUGAGAAGAGCUGCUGAUGUCUCCUGUCAGCACAAAGCUGGGCUGGCCUUCUGGGGACCUCGAUGGAGACAAAGGCGUGGCGUGUGCCCCCCUCUCCUGGCUCAGCUCCCAGCUGCCCUAGAUGGGCAGUUGCCAUCAUUCUUGGUUUUUUUAAGUAAUUCUGGAGAAGGGUGUAAGAACUUGGGAGAGGGAAGGGACUUCAGGGCUGGGGACCUGCAUUUCCAUCAUGCAAUCCAAGACAGGCUGGGCUGCUUUCCAGAUUUUAUCAGCCUUAGUAUAUUAAGGGCCAUUUUUUUCCUGUCUACUGGCUGUCAGUGUCUUUUCACCUCUGCCCUCCCCUAAAUCCACUUCAUUUCAGCUUUUAUUUACCUCAGUCAAACCUUGUGUGACUCAUUUCCGUCUGCAGUUAGGAUUUAUAUUUUGCAUGGCUGGGUUUUCGCGGCUCUGUCUCACUCUCCUCUCUCUUUUUAUGUAUAUUGAUGAAAUCCUUGCGCUUGCCCUUCUCCGUGCUCGUAUGAAAUUUCCAGCCUGGGGAAGGCUGCAGUGUUUAGCCUGCUCUUUCUAAUACAUCUAGAACAAAUCCUGUAA